GGUGGCGGCGGAAGGAGGAGGAGCCCCGGCCGCGCUCUCUCCCGGCAGUGGCUGCGCGUCUCAGCGCUUGUCGGGUCCCCACCCCUUUUAAAUAAGCCGGGCUGGUCGCCGCCCUCACAGACUAGUUGGCUUGGGGGAGGCGGCGGCGGCGGCGCGGCGGCGGGGGUGCGGCCGGGGCCGGAGCCCUGCCCCGGGCCCGGCGGCUGGGCGGACCAUCGGACAGCGGGCGAGGCCGCGCCUGUAUGCGCGGCGCAGCCCCGGCGUAGCCCGGGGCUGCCGGUGCCGACCGCGCCAUUGUUGGGGGAGGGGGUAGCUGCCGUGCGCGGCGGAGUCGGGGGCGAGUGAAGGCGGCGAGGAGUGGAGGCGCCCCAUGGGGAACACGCUGACCUGUUGCGUGUCCCCCAAUGCCAGCCCCAAGCUGGGCCGGCGCACGGGGCCGGCGGAGCCCGACUACGAGUCUGAGAUCUACGAGGCUGCGGCCGGGGACGCGGUGGCAGUGGCGCCGGCGCCUGCUGCCGUGGAGCCCGCCGAGUUGGAUUUCGGAGCGGGCGAGGGCCACCACCUGCAGCACAUCAGCGACCGGGAGAUGCCUGAAGAGUUAGCUUUGGAAUCAAACCCUUCCGACCAUCCAAGGGCAAGCACAAUUUUCCUGAGCAAAUCUCAAACGGAUGUGCGAGAAAAGAGGAAGAGCAACCAUUUAAACCAUGUAUCUCCAGGGCAGCUUACUAAAAAGUAUAGCUCAUGCUCAACAAUAUUUCUAGAUGACAGCACAGUCAGCCAACCUAAUCUUAGAACCACAAUAAAAUGUGUGACCUUAGCAAUAUAUUACCACAUAAAGAACAGAGAUGCAAAUAGAUCCUUGGAUAUUUUUGAUGAGAGAUCACAUCCACUCACAAGAGAAAAGGUUCCAGAGGAAUACUUUAAGCAUGAUCCUGAACACAAAUUUAUUUACAGAUUUGUUCGUACUCUUUUCAGUGCUGCACAGCUAACAGCCGAGUGUGCAAUAGUAACUUUGGUUUACUUAGAAAGGCUUUUAACUUAUGCUGAGAUCGACAUUUGUCCCACUAACUGGAAAAGAAUUGUUUUGGGAGCCAUUCUUCUUGCCUCCAAGGUUUGGGACGAUCAGGCUGUAUGGAAUGUGGACUACUGCCAGAUCCUCAAGGACAUUACAGUUGAGGACAUGAAUGAGAUGGAAAGGCAUUUUUUGGAGCUACUUCAGUUUAAUAUUAAUGUUCCCGCCAGUGUUUAUGCCAAAUACUACUUUGACCUUCGCUCCUUAGCAGAUGACAACAACUUGAAUUUUCUAUUUGCUCCUCUUAGCAAAGAAAGAGCACAAAACCUAGAGGCCAUUUCCAGAUUGUGUGAAGACAAAUACAAAGACUUGUGUAGAGCUGCUAUGAGAAGGUCUUUCAGCGCUGAUAACUUCAUUGGUAUUCAGCGCUCUAAUGCCAUCCUCUCUUAAGGGAGAAGGGAGGGGUUGUAACAUCAUGAACCCCUCAAUCUCCAGGGACUGGAGAAAUACCAACUCUCCUGCUCACAAACCAGCAAAGUUAGUAUUUUCAUCUAAAAGAAAGACCUCGAAUUCAAGAAACUCAUGGACCGCAAGGAUUAUGGUCACAGGAAAGAAUGGGACCUUGUUAAUGCAACACACACUUUUGUCCUUUUUAAUGUAAACAGAGUUACAAAAACCACUCCAAAGCAAAAGCUCCAACC